GCCCGGACGCAGGUGAAGGAGCAGAUCAGGACCAUCGUGGAGGACCUGGAGCUGGUCCUGGGCGACCUCAAGGACGUGGCCCGGGAGCUCAAGGAGGUGGUUGACCAGAUUGACACCCUGACCUCCGACCUACAGCUGGAAGAUGAGAUGACCGACAGCUCCAAAACAGACACCCUGAACAGCAGCUCCAGCGGCACUACGGCUUCCAGCAUCGAGAAGCUCAAAGUGCAGGCCCACACGCCACUCAUCAAGGCCCCAGCACAUCCCUCUGCUAUCCUCACAGUCCUGCGGAAACCCAACCCUCCGCCCCCACCACCCCGGUUGACCCCAGUGAAGUGUGAGGACCUCCAAAGGGGUGUGCUUCCUGCCAACCCCCUAAAGACCAACGGCACCCUGCUGCGCAAUGGGGGCUUGCCGGGCCCCACCAACAAAAUUCCCAAUGGAGACCUCUGCUGCCCAGCCAGCAAAACCUUGGACAAGGCUCCGGGGCCGCCUCUGAUGCAUAGACCCGAGAAAGACCGAUGUCCACAGGCAGGGCCACGGGAGCGAGUGCGCUUUAGUGAGAAAGUGCAGUACCACGGCUAUUGCCCUGACUGUGACCCCCGUUUCCACAUCCAAAGCAGGGAGGCGCACCUCCACAGUGAACCUGGCCAUGGCCUGGGCAAGCCUCCACCUCCAGGUCCUCCUCUCCCGCCACCGCCUCAUCUCCCUCCUUUCCCACUAGAAAAUGGGGGGGUGGGCAUAAGCCACAGCAACAGCUUCCCCCCUCUCAGACUUGCAACUGUGCCUCCUUCCACUGCACCAAAACCACAGAAGACUAUCUUGAGGAAAUCCACCACUACAACAGUGUGAUGUCUGCCAUUGGCAAAAGCAAACUUUUUGUUGUUUUUCUUUUCCUUUCUAUAUUAUAAACAUAAAAUUAUAAGUAAUGAGCACUUUCUACACAAGCAAUAAAAAGCCCAAAUAUAUUAAUCCUGCGUUCAGCAAAAUGGCAUAAAAAUCACUUGCUCCUUCAGGUUGGAAGGAAUAUCUCUAUUUGGAGGCAUGUCAGCCAAAUUUUCUCACCUCAAAUUCAUCAUUUAGAUCUUGAGGCCAGUUUUAAUUUUGAAGUCACCAGGACCCUGUUCAUUUCAGAGCAGCAAACCUCUCCAUUCUGGAGCACAAAGGAUCAGGAGAGGAUCUGCAUAAAAUCAGCCGCCUUGAGUCUGACAGCCAUGAGAAGAGCCUUAGGGGUGGAAAAAAAAAGAGAGAAAGAAAAAAGAAAAGAAAAAGCCACAGCCUUAAAUCUCUUAACUUAGAAAUCAACAAGAAGAUUUUAAAAAAUUAAUAAACAAAUGUGAAAAAGAACUAACCAAGCCAGCCCACAAAGGAAUGAAACCAAACAAAAUCCAUUUCAAGUCAUCCUGGAAACAAUUAUUAGUAGAUGUGAACCCCAGCAAAUGUAUUUUCAGCCAUUAAGCUAGUAAAUUAUCAAUUGAUUUUUUUUCCUUUGGGGAAGAUGAAAGUUUACAGAUAGGAGGAAUCUCUAGCCAGAAUGACACAUUUUCUAAACACAAUGCACUUCUGAAAAGAGUGUAACAGCAGGACAUCACUGAAGAGCUUUAGGAAAGGUUACUGUUAGCAGAGAGAUAGAGAGGAUGGUCGCCACCUCGUGUUCACCUCAAAGUCAUAAAGGAAAAAACUGUUGUCAUCAAUUACUUGAAAUGUGACCUUCAUUCAGUCCUCCACUACAUACCUAUUGAGAAAGGGGAGAGGUCAGCUCUUACUGAUGACUUCUCAAUGUACUUCAAAUAUUUGCACUGUCACAACCAUUCAGGGUAAUGAUGCGUGAUAGGAUUUGCACAGACAGUCCCAUGAGUUUGAGUCCAUAGCAGUUUUUUUUUUCAAGAAUCCAAAAAGAACCAUUGAAAAUUUCUUUAGACACUGAUUUCUCUUUCUUCUUUGUGUCAGUUAUCUCUUAAAAAUGAACUUGUCUCACAUUUUAAAACAACUGCAGAAAGAUGAUUGAAAAACAUCUGGUGUGGUCAAAAUAAAUGAAAAGUGUCAAAAGAUUUUGUCUUUUUUAAAAAGAGCAUUUUAUAUCAUUAACAGCCAACAAGUCAAAUACAGUGAACUGUACACUAAACAUCGGUUUUGAACCUAUAUAUGUUCUCUCAAUUUAAAAAGUCAUUUGUAAUUUGUAUUGGACAUAUAACAAUUUUUAUAGCCAUUUCUCUAAGCUUCAUGGAAAAAAAUGUACCAAACAGCAUUUUCAGUUUAUUUUUCUAAAUAAAUGUGUUGUUUGUAUUAUUUUACUUGCCUACUUUGUGUGAUUUUAAUUAUCCAUAAGAUAACAUUUCCAAGUUUUAUUCACAAUUUUCAGUCUUAUUAAUGGAGGUUUCAUGGAAAAUUUAAAUUUCAGUUUUUUUGUGGUUUUAAAGUUAUGAGUUUUAUUCUUAAAC